AUGUCGGCUUCAAAUCGGCCAUCCAUGGAGAAUCGCCAUUCUACUGUUGACAAAUGGCCACAAAGCACUCAGCCCGCCUCGCGCGAUUCCGACUCCAUAUCCUGUGUGUCGUCGGCAGAUACAGAGGCCGAUCAAGAGGCCUUGGGGAAGUCUUUGACCGUGCGAACGACAAGAGCCUCCGACCACAUGUCUCUGGCGGAGCGUGUCACGACGAUUCCAACGAACAUGACAUCGGACCCGAACUAUGAGGUCGAUUGGGAGAGUGAAAAUGAUCCCCAAAAUCCAAAGAAUUGGAAACUGUGGUAUAAGUCAAUGAGCAUGGUGUUUCUGUCGUGGAACACGUUGAUUGUCGUUCUAUAUUCGACUUCCUACACUUCUGGAGUCCAGCAGAUCAGCGAAGAAUUCGGGGCUUCCAAAACCGUCGUGACACUCGGGCUGACCGUAUAUCUCGUCGGUCUUGCAAUUGGUUCAAUGUUUACGGCCCCUCUCAGCGAAAUCUACGGCCGAAAGCCUGUCUGUGUGAUCUGUCUGGCGUUGUUCACAAUUCUUAUCAUUCCUUGUGCCCUUGCACAGUCGGUCACCACUCUGCUUGUGGUUCGCUUCUUUGGGGCCUUUUUUGGCAGCGUGAUGAUCUCAACAGCGCCAGGCAUGGUUGCUGAUCUGGUGGACGAUGAGCAUCGAGCCCUUGCUUUCUCCAUCUGGAGUAUUGGACCCUUGAAUGGACCUGUCUUGGGACCCGUCAUCGGUGGAUUCGUGACGCAGUAUCUGGGCUGGCGUUGGAUGUGCUGGAUCGCGCUCAUUCUCUCCUGCGUGGCGCUUGGCUUCGCCAUGAUUCUCCAAGAAACAUAUGCACCCACACUGCUGCAGAGAAAGGCGGCGCGGCUGCGCAAAGAAACGGAUGACUCAAGAUGGUGGUCACGCUAUGAUCAAAAGGCGAGCCUUUAUGAGAUUCUGGCGCUCAACCUGAGCCGGCCCUUUGUGAUGGCCGUCACCGAGCCUAUCUGCAUCUUCUGGAAUAUCUACAUCGCUGUCGUUUACGCCAUCCUUUACCUCUGCUUCACGGCGUACCCUAUCGUCUUCAGACAGAUCCGCGGUUGGGAUCUUGGAUUCUCCGGCCUCGCAUUCCUUGGGAUUGGCGCGGGAGUGCUUGUCACUAUUGCCUGCGAGCCCCUCGUUCGUCGAAUGAUCAACAGUCACCCCAAAGAUCCAGAAACUGGCAGCGUCCAUCCUGAAGCCAUGGUCUCCUUUGUUUGCAUCUGCUCCGUCCUCAUUCCAGUCGGAGAGCUUUGGUUCGCAUGGACUUGCGCACCGGCCUCGAUCCACUGGAUUGUACCGUUACUUGCAGGCGUUCCUUUCGGCGCAGGGAACACGGGCGUCUUCAUCUAUGCGUCGAACUAUCUCACCCACAGUUACGGCAUGUAUGCAGCCUCCGCGAUGGCCGGCAACUCGGUCAUUCGGAGUGUACUAGGAGGUGUUUUACCGUUGGUGGGCCCAUACAUGUAUGACAGCUUGGGUGCGAACUGGUCCGGUACGUUGUUGGGACUGUUGGAGGUGGCUAUCAUCCCGAUCCCCAUUAUCUUCUACAAGUACGGGUACAAGAUUCGCAUGAAGAGCACAUUGAUUGUGCGCAUGCAGGAGGACAAGAAGAAGUUGGAGGGUAAACGGGCGCGGAAGACGCCUCGGCUCGCUCAGAAAGAGAAAUCCACGGUCAUUGUAGGCGAUGUGGAGAAGCAAAAUCGUGAAGACUGA